AUGAUGAGAAUUGCUGAGGCUGAAGGGAGUCCUGAAGCUGCCAUUAUUUUAUGGUUAAAUUCAUUUGAUGGCAUUUCACACCCAGUUACUCACAUUCAACAAUUAUCCGAUGGCAUUACACUUUUUGAAGUUGUUUCAAACAUUGAUCAUAAAUGGUUCAAACUUAUUCGAUCAACUGAUGUUGGAGAUAAUUGGGUAUUAAAGAUUAACAAUUUAAAAAAACUAUAUAAAUUAGUAUCACGUUAUUAUGAAGAAAAACUCGGUAUUUCAUUUUCAAAAUUACCUGAAGUUAAUUUGAAUGCAAUUGCCAAGGAUGCGGAUACUCGCGAAAUCAUUCAAUUAUGUAAAUACAUUUUGUAUAUUGCUGUUUGCUGUCCAAAUAAUAGUGAAUAUAUUCAAAGAAUUACUCAAUUGAGUAGUAUCAGUCAAGAAAACCUGAUGCAUUUUAUUGAUGAGAUCAUGAAAUAUACUAGAGACGAUCAACCUAUGGAACCUCGAAUGGUUUCUGACAAUUAUACCCAACACAAUUCGUAUGAAGACGGUACAUUUGUAUCUCAAAAUGAACUGUCUAGAAUUUCAAAAGAAAAGGAAGAGCUUGAGAUACAAAAUAAACAAUUGAUCGAUAAACAUUCAGAACUCUUAACAAAAUAUGAUAAAUUAGAAAAUGAAAAACAAGAUUUACAAGCAAGAUUAAAGGAUAUGGAUAUAGCUGUCGCACAAGCAAACGAAACAGGCAGAGCUGAUUUUAUUAUGAGAACAGAAAUUGAACACCUAAAACAGGACUUACAAAGAAAUGAAGAUAUGCGUCAAGAACAAGAAAGAAAAUUAGACGAACAAAGUCAAAAGAUCAAAGAAUUAAAGCGCAAGAAGCUAGAGGAAACAGCAGACUUGAGAAGACAAGUAAAAACUUUAGAAGAACAAAAUCAUCAAAUAAGUGAACAUAGUCAAAAAAUUGAGGCAGAAUAUCGUAAUAUUAUGGCCUUCAAGACCCUGAUGGAUUCUUAUAAGGAACAAGUGGCUUCAUUAGAGACAGAGAAUAGUGAGUUGGUUCGCGAGAAGAACAAAAUUAAAUAUGAUCUUGAUCAAGCCAACAAAAAGAUUCAAAUGAUGGAAGCUGAUAAAGAAAGAGAUUAUGAGCGAAUUCAAGCUUUAGAAGAUCAUCUUCAAGAAGCUCAGCUUGGUUUAGCAAAUGCAGUGGAUAGACCUUUGUCACAAAGAGAAACAACAGGAAAUACGGAUGAUAUGGAGAUUGACGAAUAUGAUUUAAAUGAUUCACUAGAAGACUCCUUGAAGGAAACUAAUGUUACAGAAUUAAAAUUAACCAAGAGACGUCUUGAACGACAAGUGAAGCAACUUAAAGAAGAAAAAGCAGCAGGUGGUGGGCAAAAAGUGCUUGUGCUUCAACAUUUACUUGAUGAUGCUAACCGUCUCAAGAACAAAUUUGAAAAGAGUUAUCUCGAAGUAUCACAGGAACGUGACAUAUUACAAAGCGAUAUGGCGCGUAUCCGAGAAGGUAUUCCUGAUGCUCUUGUUGACCAAUCAACGAAUACAUUAUCAUUACGUCUACAUACAAUUGAACUUCAAAAAGAAAUAAAAUCAUUGAAUGAAACUGUACGUAAGUAUGAAGAAAAGAUAGCGAAUGGUCGAUGGAAUGAUGAUGAAGAUCUUCAAAAUAAGUUUAUGGAGAUGGAGACGAAAUCAAAACAUUUAGAAGAACAGACAAAGAAACAAUUACAAGAUAUCAACAAGCUCUUAUUAGAAAAAGAUCUUUUACAAGGUCAAAGUAUUGAACAGAAAGAUUUAUUGUUAGAAAAGGAAAAAUUAAAUAGUGAAAUGAAGGCUUCCUUGGCUGCAUUUGAAGCUAAAGAUGAUGAGCCGAUUAAACAACAAAACGCGCAAUUGCAAAAGCAGCUUAUUCAAUUACAAGAAGAGCUUCAUGAGCAUAAGAUUAAAUUAAAAAAAGCUAGAGAGUUUAUUGUUCAACAAGAUAAGGUGCUAAAAGAUACUAAACCUACAGAAGAUGCAACAAAAUAUGAUGAAGCUAUUGCUUCAUUGAAAACUGAAGUAGCACUUCGAGAUGAAGAAAAUGAUAAGCUUAAAAAGCAACUUAAUGAGACUCGUGUUCAAGCUCGUCGUGAACAACAACUCAUGAUUUCUGCAUGGUAUGAUAUGUCAAGAAGGGCAAACAAAGAUAUUGUAAACAGUAGAGCUUCUCCCAGUUCAUGGCUUGGCCAACAAAGACGAACAUUAGAUAACCAACUCAAAAGACGUUAA